AUGGCGGAAUUGGCUUCCUCCGUUGCAUCAAAUCUUGUGUCAAAACUAGGUGAGUACCUGUUUGCUCCCAUUGGACGCCAAUUUGGAUACGCGUUGUGCUACAACAGCUACAUCCAGGAUCUCCAAAAUGGAGUCGAGAAGCUGGAGAACGCGAGGGAAAGGGUGCAGCGCUCCGUCGAUGAAGCCGUGUAUGGUGGAAAACCUAUACACACUGAUAUUGAGAAAUGGUUGGAUAGCGUGAAGAAUAAGGCUAAUGAAGCACAAAAUUUGUUAACACAAGGUGAAAGUGCAAAAACUGCUUGCUUCCAUGGGUGGCUUCCCAACCCAAUGGUGCGCCUUCCAAUUGGCAGGAAGGUGAAGAAAAUGACUCGAGUCAUUCAGGAACUCCAUGAUGAAACUGCAAAUAAUAACUUCCAGAAGGUCUACUAUGAGAAUCCUCCAAAAGGAAUUGUUAUUGCUACCACUUCCGCUGCAAGAUCUGUUGACAAGAAAGAAGAUGUCUUGGAGUCGAGGGCUUCAAUCACAGAGGAUGUAAUAAAUGCUAUAACUGAUGACAAGAUCUGUGUGGUUGGGGUGUAUGGGCUAGGUGGGGUUGGCAAGCCCAAGCUUUUGGAGGAUGUUGAAAGGCGAGUUAAGAAAGAGAAGUUGUUUGAUAUGGUUGCCAUGGCAAAUGUAUCACGCAAUCCAGAUUUAAAAACAAUCCAAGGAGAAAUUGCUGACGCACUAGGCCUAAAUCUAAUGAAUGUCGAAACUGCUCGUGGGAGAGCUAAUCAUUUGCGUGAAAGCGAUAAUAAAGUAAGAGGCUGCAAGCUAUUGCUAUCAUCUAGAAAAGGAGAAGUUUUACGCAUUGACAUGGUCUCUGACCGAGAAUUCCAACUCAAGGAGUUAGACAAUAGGGAAGGAAGAAGACUUUUUGAAAGGAUAUUGGGGAACAAAGUUUACGAUCCUGAUUUUAGAUUUCUGGUAGAUGGAGUAGUCAAGAAUUGCGGAGGGUUGCCACUUUUUAUUAUUUCGUUGGCAAAAAGGUUGAGGAGCGGAAAUUUGGCUGCAUGGAGGAAUGCUUUGACUAUAGAAGGAUCUGAUUUUAAAUCACUAGUGGAACUGAACUACAAAGACUUAAAAGACGAAAGGAUUCAAUCGUUGUUCUUGGUUUGUACUCUACGCCAAGGGAGAACGGGGGAUAUCUUGUUCUAUUGCUUGGGUUUGGGUUUAUUUAACAAUUUCAGCAAGACCAUCGAAGACGCUAGAGAUAGGUUGAGCAUGGAUCUAGAUUUCGUUGACGUGGCCAACUCUAUUGCUUCCACAGAAUGGAAGGCCUUGGUCGGGAGGAAGGAUUGUGGGUUUAAAAAAUGGUCGAAGGCUGAGCUUAGAGAAUGCACUGCGAUAUUAUUCCCUAAUGCUGGCAUUGAUGAGCUUCCCGAAAAAUUAGAUUGCCCAAACUUGAGGAUAUUUCUGUUGUACAAAGAAUUCUUGUCUCUCAAAGUUCCCGAGUCAUUUUUUGAAUCUAUGCAGAAGCUCCAAGUCUUGGAAUUAGAAGGAAUAUCUAUCACCUCUCUCCCUUCGUCGAUUGAGUUCCUUGAGAACCUCAAGUCGCUUAGUCUUGUUGUUUGCCAUCUCGAGGAUGUGACUCUUCUUGGAAAACUGAAAGCAUUGCAAAUCCUACAUCUCUUAGGAUCGACAAUCACUCAGCUGCCUAAAGAAAUAGGUGAACUAACAGAAUUGAGAAUUUUGAACUUAAAAAGUUGCACUAGGCUCAAAGUUAUCGAACCCGGCGUGCUCGGAAGCUUGGUUAAUUUAGAAGAACUCUAUAUGGCCGAUAGUUUUGAUCGGUGGGAGGCUGAAGAUGAAGCACUGCGAAGAAAUGCCAGCCUAACUGAGUUAAAGAACAUGAAUAAGUUGAGCACUUUGGACAUUGCCAUUCCUCAUUCUGCCGGUCUCGCAAGAGACUUGCCGUUUGGGAAACUGAACAAGCAUAAAAUCCAAAUUGGAGGCUUUUGGGAUUGGUCGGUUGAAUAUAAAGAAUCUAGAACUUUAAAGCUCAAGCUGGAUUUGGGCAAUCUUCUUUUCAAAGAGUGGGUGCAAAGAUGUCUGCAGAGAACACAACAUCUCCACUUGGAUGGAUUGCAAGAUGGCAAUGAUAGUAUUCACGAUUUAUGCAUUGAAGGAUUCCAGGAAUUGAAAUAUCUUCACGUGCAAAAUAGCCCCUCAUUUCAUUAUGUUGUUCACCCUACGAACAAUGUGCAGUGCACUGCAUUUACAAGAUUGGUAUCUUUGUUUCUUGAGAACCUGGGCAAAUUUGAGAAGAUUUGUGGCAGCUGUCUUGCCCUAGAAUCCUUCAGCAAGUUAAAGAUUGUGAAAGUGGACAACUGUAGUGAAAUCAAACAUCUGUUUCCUUCGUCCAUGAUGAGAUUAUUAUCCCAGCUUGAAGAGAUUGAAAUAAGCAGAUGCCACUUAAUGCAGCAAAUUGUUGCAGAUGUCGAGCUUGACAAAGAUGAAAUAUAUGACCCCAAUGUGAAGUCCUAUAAUUUGCGUAGGCUGAUAUUACGAAACUUGCCAAAGAUGACGAGCUUCUAUAAAACCACAAACCUCUCAGUUGAUUUCUUUGACGGGCAACAGGCUCAAAUUGCAUCUGCAAAUCAACUAAAAGUAUAG